CGAAAGGGCAAACUUUUCGAACUCCGAUCACACGAUGGAACGAGAGCGCACAAGAACUACCCAUCACAAGCCCUCCGUGGGCCUGCCCCCCCCCCAGCUGGGCAGUGGGAAAAAAACGGGACAGAACUCAGCUCAGAUUGCUUUUCUUCCACAAACAAUCUGCCACUCCCCCACACAAUCUGCAUCGUCGUCGUCCCAGUCCCUCUCAGUAACGUACUGCACUAACUCAGAGCAGAAAAUGCACACCCCGACGACCCUCCUAGCCCUCGCGGCCCUCGUCUCAUCCACGACCGCCCAACUUAUCACUGCUCCAGCAACGUCCCAGUGGACUGCGGGGAGCACGACAAACACGAAGGGAUGUGUUGCGAACCCCGUCGUGGGGACGGAUUAUUUCCCGCAGAAGACUUUUAAGAAUGGCACAAACGAUGUGUUCACGGUCGCGUACCAGGGAAACAUAAAGAUUGUUACCGACAACGGCAAGCUCCCGUACACCAAGCCGCACACUUACGUGCUUUACCAGUGUGGAACUGCCAAGCCUACUCCCGAGUUCUUGGCCAACUACCCCGGCGCUACCGUUUUCUCCAUCCCCCUUGAGAGCGUGGCGACCACCUCCACGACGGAGCUUGCUUACCUUGAGAUCCUUGGUGCCCGUAACGUUAUCAAGUACACCACCGACCAGUCUCUCAUCACGUCCCCAUGCAUCCACCGUGCCAAUUUGACGAGCAUCAAUCCCUACAACCAGACCGCCGCGGAAGGUGCUGCUUUCAUUGCCGCCUACAACAAUGUCAAUGCUACCAUUUCCGGGGGUGACCUCCCAGCCCCGAGCGCCAACAAGACCCUCGUCUUUCCCGCGGUGUCCGACCAGACCCGGUACGGCCGGUCCGAGUGGCUGCUCUUCCUCUCGGCCUUCUUCAACGCCGAAGACACCGCCAACCAAGCCGUCCAAAAGAUCAAAACCCAGUACGACUGCGUCUCCGCCGCCGCCAAGAAGGCCGCAGAAACCUACGGCUCCCCCGACGCGUCCUGGGCCGACUUUUAUACCCCGGACCCCACCAAGGGCGUCACCCAAUUCAACCUCGGCGCCCCGUACAAGUACCAAUACCUGCAAGACGCCGGCGCCGUGUUCGCCAAAGCCGGCGCGGGCAACACCGGCACGACCGCGGACAAGGUCACCGAGAGUUCUCUGACCACCACCCCGACCACCUCGGAGGCGGUCAAGAACCUGAUCGCCAACUCCGAGAUCUUCAUCACCUCCGGCUUCGUCAAGGACAACGCGGCCCUCCUCGCCUCCCUCAACAUCGCCGCCGCGGACGUUGCAAAAUACAACAUCACCCAGACAAAGGAGGCCUGGUCCGCCGACAAGAAGAUCUCCCCCGAGGGCAGCGGAAUCGCCUGGUUCUCGAGCGCCGUCCCGUACCACCACCUCGUCCUCGCCGACCUGGCCUCCAUCGUCCAACCCGCCCUCCUCCCCAACUACGUCCGCAACUACUUCCGCAACGUCGCCACCGAGAACCCGGUUGGUAUCAGCAACGCCCAGUGCGAUAACGCUGCCAACCCGCUGAUGGGAACUGCGGAGGUUGUGCCGGAUGUGUACACCGGCGAUUGUGCACUGAACGGCGCGACCCUGACGGGCACCGUGACGAACUGGAAGACGACGGGUGCGGGUGGCACGAAUGGCGUGGGCAACGGUGGUCAGGGCAACAGUGGGGGCCGGAUGGGUGUGUCGGCGUUCUUGACCGUUGCGCUGACGGUUGUUGGGUCCGCUUUCUGUCUUUUGUGAGGUCCCCUCCCCCCCGCCUCCCCCCGAAGACUCAUCUAGAUGCAACAUUCUCUUGUUAUUCCCACCCCUCGCAUACCACCCACACCAUUUCGCAUUUUAUAGACUUUCCUGGGCAAUGCAAACGAUUGGAACUUUUUUUCCGCUUUCCCUUACUCCUGUAUGCAUGAACGGCCAAAAUACAGAAAUAAAAAUUCGCUC